CUAUCUCCGCCAAGGGGAAGUCAGCGAAGUCUUUUGAGCAAGAUCUGAUGGAGAUGCAGACUAUGUUGGAGAAGAUGAAGAUCGAGAAGGAGAAGACGGAGGAGUUGCUUAAGGAGAAAGACGAGAUUCUGAGAAAGAAGGAGGAGGAGCUAGAGACGAGAGACGCUGAGCAGGAGAAACUUAAGGUGGAGCUGAAGAAGCUUCAGAAGACGAAGGAAUUCAACCCUAACAUGAAGCUUCUCUAUCUGGCGUUGAGCCUUUUAUGCUGAAGAUUCAUAAUGAGAUUCGGCGAGUUGAUGCUACCAUUUUAGCUGCUGUUCGUCAACAGGGUAGCUCGGGAACUAGAGCUAAAGAAAAUCUUACUUAUGCUACAUGUGCUGCUGAGGAACUCUCUCAUAAGAUACAAGAGAUAGAAUCCAAAGCUGAGCUGACUGAAGCAAUGGUUCAAAAUAUAUGCCGCGAUAUUAAAAGGUUAGAUUUUGCAAAGAAGAACAUAACCACGGCGGUCACUGCCCUUAGUCGCCUCACAAUGUUAGUCUCUGCGGUUGAACAGCUUCAGGUGAUGACAUCAAAAAGGCAAUACAAGGAGGCAGCUACACAGCUGGAGUUUAGGUGAGGUUAAAUGAAGUGGUUGAGUCUUUUCUCACAAGUGGAGAAGGCAUGAUUUAACAGCCUCUAAAUCAAGAUGCCAAAGAGAGCAAUGUGUGCAAGUGGUUCAAUGUCUGAUGCCAAAGAGAUCAAUAUGUACCACAAAUAAUUUGUAUGUUUUUUGUGAACCACGAACUUUAUUCUAGCAAAUUUGUACCACAAACGAGCUUAUUCUUUG